UAUUAUUAUUAUUAUUAUUAUUAUUAUUAUUAUUAUUAAAUUCGAGGGAAACACAAGCGCCUGUCCCAGAAGGCAGCUUCUAUACGUUUUUACCUUAGCGUUGGUCUUAUUUUAGGUGAGUGUAAAAUGAUGUCGUGCGCGGAGAUCAUCACCAUGUGCCUCCAGUCAGCAAAGCAUCAGCAGCAGCAGCAGCACCUGUUCGCCAAGGAGCCGCGGACCCCCCGCAGGAGCUGCGCGCCCCCGCUGUCCAUCAUUGAGGACAUAUUCCGCCGCGCCGACAAAAACGAUGAUGGCAAGCUCAACUUCGAGGAAUUCAAGGCCUGCUUUGACGAUGGAAUCAUCAGUACAGCGGAACUGGAAAAGCUUUUUUGCUCUAUAGACAAGCAGGAGACCAACAACUUAGACACAAGCAAGCUAUCAAAAUACUUUCUUCAGCACCUGGGAGCCUACCUAAGUGUGCUGUCAGCUUUAGAGGAACUCAACACCGCAAUCCUGAAGGCCAUGGACCAGACUAAAGAGGAGUACCAUAGCUCCUCUGUGCUGGGCCAGUUCGUGACGCGCUUUAUGCUCCGAGAAACGUCCAGCCAGCUUCAGUCCCUGCAGGUGUCGCUGCAGUGGGCGAUGGCGGCCUUGGAGCGUCAGAGCGGGCCAGAGAGGGAGACUGAAGAUCUCUCAGAGCCACAGAGUACCAGAAGAUCUGGUUUUCAGACCUUGAGGCAGCUCUGUUUGUCUCCUAUUGGUCUUGGCACACAGAAGCUCUGCGUAGGGGUUCAUUUGCAGCCUGAAAACCACUGCGUCUCUACAUUCCCCAGCCCCCAGCAGGCCAAGAUGGAGUGUCAGAAUGUUCUCCUGGUCCAGAGACAGAUGUUGGUGAUGGAGAACAACUUGUCGGAAUUCCAGAAGGAGCUGGAAAAAUACACCAUUGCCGCAUCUCACCACGGUGACAGUUUACACGUGUAUGUCCAGAAGCAAACAGAAGAGCGGCGCGUCGUCGUGUACGAGUUCUGGCGGGACCGUGCCUCCUGGACGAGAGGACAUGUGGUAGAGCGCUGGUUCGAGCUGCUCCCUUACACUCAAAGGCCCCACAUCUGCAUCCCACCUCCUGCUCUACCUGCAGUCCAGUGUGAGCAAGGCUUUCCAACACACUAUUAUAAAACUUCUGGAGGGUGCAGAGCAGGUCUCUACCAUACUGCUGCCAGCAUCCUGGUGGAUUGUGAAAAGUAAUUGACGGUAACGCUGACACAAAAGCCAUCACCCUUAAAUUUUAAGCACUCAAAAAAUAAAUCCCGCUCUAUUGCACUUCAUUAGUUGCAAAUAAUGCAUUUGUGUUCUUGUUCAUGACGUGGCAGUAGGGAAAACUUUGAUUCAAAUAUAUUAGGACCAUAGAACCCUUUCAUUUUUGUAGAAACGGAAUUCUGAAUGUGUUUGUGAAUCGGAAAGGACUGUAUGAGUACAACAUAACUGUCCAUCCAUCGCUCUCUGUCAGUGGUCAGUAACCCUGUUGAAACAGUGGGGAUGGACAGUUAAUCCUGAAGAGCAGAGUGUGAAGCCAGGAAGACUGGACUGGAUGCCAGAGAGCACAGAUUUACAUAGACUAUAAAAAUUCUUGUAGUGUUUACUAGUUGUGCUGUCCGAUGAAAAUAUUUGUACCUGUCUUAAAAGUAUAUACUGUAUGUAUGAAUAAGGCUAUGGAAGCAUAUGACAGCAUUGCAAGUUAUGCUGAUUUACAAUCAGCUAAGCAAUCCAGCCUCUAAAGAAACAAAAGUAUACAAGAAUAUAAAAGCAUAAAUUAUGUCUAAAAUAACACAUCUCAGAAAACUGAAAAAAUCCUACUGGAUGCUUGAGCAGAUCCUGUCCACCUUAGUCUGUUUCACACAGAUAAACUUCAUGCUGCGUGUCUAGGAGGCACCCAGAAUUUAUUUUGUACUUAGAAGUUUUAAAAAAAGAUAGCGCACGCUUUUGGUUCCCUUAAAACACAACAGAAUCUUAUGUGGUUCGAUAUCUGAAAUUUCAUAAGUGUCACACGCAAACUGAAGAUAUAUCUAACGUUUCUGACUGUGAUGUGAUACAAUGUGUUUUGGUAAUUUGAAUUUGUCUUUACAUUUUGUUUAAGAGUUUAAACAUAGUAUUCUGAAACUGUUGAUGUCCUCUGUAUAAUGAAUUUAUCUUUGUGUCAAGGGGCUGAUCUGUAUCGAUUAGACUUCAAAUCUUUGAGCCCUAAUUCACUCUCCAAGACCGUUUUAAUUAUUGACACUAAUAAAUAUUGUGAUUUUUUUUUCUUUUUUUUGUUAAUCCACCAUGAGAAUGUAUUUUUCACAUGGUAUCGGAACCUGGCACACCGAGGUGCCUGUGCAAGACAAGAACGACAAUACAAAUCCAAUGUGAUAUUGAAGAUUAUGAAAUUGGUUAGCCUGGAUAUAAUUACAUUUGUAUUGUGUGUGAUGUGUAGCAAUGGCUGGGAUAUAAAUAUUAGGACUAUUUUGUGUUUUGCACCGCCUGCUUUACUGUGCCAUUUCACACUUGGGCACAACCCUAUUAUUAUAAUGAAUAAAGCGCCCUGGAGAAGAGACAAGGGACUAGAAUUUAUUGCUGUGCCCUUCUGUAGACCUCUGCAGAAUAAUUACUACCAGAGAAAGUAGUUAUAUCUUAGACUUAUAUGGAUAAAACAUUAAAUACAUCUGUAAUAUGAAUUUCCUGGGUAUGUUGAAUGGGGUUACUGUGUUACAUUAAAACUUAUCUCUGUCCUUUGGAGCUCUGGAGGAAAUAAUUUAUUGCUUGACUGAAGAAAUCGUCUGCCUUUUUGGAAACUGCAUGAAGCAGUAUUAAAUUCUGCAACUCGGGAUUCAAGAGAGGCAGAUAUUGAAAGCUUUUUUAAUACAAAAAUGUGUAAGAAAAUGCAUUUUUGUAACAAAAAGGAACUGACUCAAGAAUGGGAACAUCAGGGAGAUAAUAUUAGCCAUAAAACAACAGGCUGGUAACUUCUUAUGGGUUUAUAAUUUAAUUUAAUUGAACUAAAAAUAUGCUCCCGUGUGAUGUUUUCUGGGCAGUGAUGCAUUCAAAGCACAUCUCCAUUGGAGAAUUAAAACAAAAAAAACCCCACUGUUUUCUGCACAAGCAUUCAGGAGACCCCUGUGCACUGUAUGCAGUCAGAAGCACCCAACAGUUGCCAUCUGGCAUGCAAUCAAUACUAAUUGGGUUGUCUUCCAAACGGCGACAGAAAAUGAAUAUUUAAAGGAAUCCUUGACAAAUUCUGAACAGCUUGCAAGAAUUCAGGAAUAAGCUUUGCAAAAAUAAGUUAAUGGGGUAGAGCCAUCAACAGAGCAAUAACUGUGGGAAGGGGCUAUCAGAGAAAUUACAUGGGACCUUUCCAUAUUUUCGUUCUUGUCUGAAAGCCCAAAGACAGAUUUUUGUUCGGCUGCUGUUCGUUGCAGAUGGCUAUGUCUCCUGUCUUGUUCAAGUAAUACGGCAGAAGGAAAAAAAAAAAAA